AUGCUGAAUCCCAUCGAUAACGUCUUCUCUGCGUUUAAGUCGGAUGUCAAGCGAUGUCUUCGCCAGCGGCGCCAGGAGCUCCUCACUAUUCACCCCAACACCACCAUCAAAGCCCACCGCGGCCGCAUUCUUAAGGAAGCGUCGCAAGAAGCUCUCCAAGUUGUCACACCAAGCCUGUGUGCUCAGUGCUUCUUGCACACUCGGAAGUUUUAG